UUGGUCGACGCUCUCAAUGAAUUAGCCUCGCCCCUCCAUGUUUUUCGGGAAUCCCCAACAACGUGCUCGCCGCCUCAAAAUAUUUGGCUUUUCGAUCCCCAGCCGCAGCUCGACAGUGACUCAGAGUUUAUCUCGGGAAACCUGCAGCAGGACCCAAGUCCUGCGUCUUGCUGGUUUUGCUGUUACUGCCUCCCUCCUCCUCCUGCUGUGAAGAUGGAUGAGGGCUACGCUCAGAGUGAGGACCCUGCGCUGUACAGUCUUCCUCUGAGCCUCCCACUCAGUCAGGACUCGUUCAAGGAACUUUGGGAGAGUGUAACAACACCUUCCAUCUCCACCAUCACCACUGUGUCGUGUGACAACUGGCCGUUUGAACCGGAUGUUAAUCACUUUUUGGACCAGACCCUCCCUGAAGGUUUACAGGAGCCUUUCGGUUUGCCGCCAGAGGUCCCUCCAGAGGCCAGUGUGACUCCUCCGGCCCCCACGGUUCCGACCACCACCGACUAUGCAGGGGAGUACGACUUCCGUAUACGGUUCCAGAAGUCUGGCACGGCCAAAUCCGUAACCUCCACUUAUUCCCAGCAGCUCAACAAGCUGUACUGCCAGCUGGCGAGAACCUGCCCAGUGGAGGUGCUGGUCACUAAAGAUCCUCCUCAAGGAGCCGUCCUGAGGGCCACCGCCGUCUAUAAGAAGACGGAGCACGUGGCCGAUGUGGUUCGCCGUUGCCCUCAUCACCAGAACGAGGACUCUGUGGAGCAUCGCAGCCACCUGAUCCGUGUGGAGGGCAGCCAGUUGGCCCAGUACGUGGAGGAUCAGCACACCAAGAGGCAGAGCGUGAUUGUGCCUUAUGAGCCCCCACAGCUCGGCUCUGAGUGUACCACUGUGCUGCUGAGCUACAUGUGCAACAGUUCCUGCAUGGGAGGCAUGAACCGCAGGCCCAUCCUCACCAUCCUCACCCUGGAGACACCCGAGGGUCAGGUUCUGGGUCGGAGGUGCUUUGAGGUGCGUGUGUGCGCCUGCCCUGGGAGGGACAGGAAAACUGAAGAGGCGAAUGCGGACAAGACGCAGAAUGAGACCAAAUCCACCAAGAAAAGAAAGAGCCAUCCUUCUCCAGACUCCACUGGAGUCAAAAAAGCCAAGGCCGUCUCCAGCGCUGAAGAGGACGACAGAGAGGUUUUCACACUACAGAUCCGAGGCAGGGAGCGCUAUGAGAUGCUGAAAAAAAUCAAUGACGGUUUGGAGAUGCUGGAAAAGGACAAAGACAACAAGAAAAAAGUGAAGCAGGAGGUUCCUGUGCCCUCGAGCGGCAAGCGGCUCCUGCAGAGAGGAGAGAGGAGCGACAGCGACUAGAGAGAAGACAGAUCGCUGGAAAUCAUGUGUAUUUCAGGGUUUAUUUCUUGUUUUUCUUAGUCAUUGAAAAUCAUUGAAAAUCCAGAUGAAUUUGUCCUGCCGCUGGCUGCUGACACUGUAAAACGAACCGCACUGUGCUUCUGCAUGCAGCCUGGUCCUCCGGCGGUCCCCCUCAGCAGCACUUCAUGUUUUUAAAAAUCACACAUCCAGCCAGUAUUUGAGUAAAUCCAUUCCUUUUUAUUGUUUAUUUGACACUGCCAUAAUCGUUUAUUUUUUUAUUUUUGUCUUUUAUUACUGUAUCGUGAUAGAUUAUUUUGGUGACUUUAGUUUUGUAUAAGCUGUUUCUUGAUUCUGAAUAAUGUUUCACUAUUUUUUCA